UAAAGAAGAAAAUUCAUUCCGAUUGAAUACAAUUUUGACGUCCGUAAACACACUUUCUCUCUCUAAACAAAAUAUACAGCUAAGAAGCUGAAUCUAUCUACUGAAAGGAAGCACAGUGAAGUUCAAAGAAGGUGACGCUACAAUUUGUGUGUUCUUUGUGCUUGUAGUUCCGUGUAUGGAAUAUACUCAAUCUGCGUGGAUGAUGCAGCAAAAGACAGUUAUUUGAGCGGAAAGAAGUCUGGUUUAGUGGUUUCAGAGACAAGCUUCCAUCUUUUGGAUAAAAAAUGGAAUGAUAUUGUUGGUUUUGCUUGGUUCCCCGCCUAGUUUUUUCUUCAGAGCAAUUGAAAUUUCUUGAGCUUAGUGGGGGGCUUUGAUGCCAUUUUAUGAAUUUUCUGUACUCACUUGAGGCUUUUAUGCAAUUUUAGGAAGUUUCUAUAUUUGCUCAAGUGUUGGUAGACUGUGUGCUUCUUGGUGAAAAAUGGUUCCAACAGGGCCUCCUAAUCCACGUGGAGGUUCCCAGUCAGUACCUUCUUCAUUACUGCGAACAAAUUCCGGUGUAAUGGGUGGUCAAGGGGGGUCAAUGCCUUCACCAGGUUGUUUCCCUUCUAUGGUUUCUCCUCGGACGAUGUUUGGGAAUAUGAAUAUGCUAGGGAAUGCUCCCAAUGUUUCACAUCAGUCUUUUGCAAAUGGAGGUCCUAAUGCAGGGCUGGCUGGACCAGGAAGUUCUCAGCGUGGUCCUGUUGAUAAUGGGGCCGAGACUGACCCACUUUCUGGUGUAGGAAAUGGGAUCGGUUUUAGUGCUCCUUCAACGUCAUUUAUGUCAUCAGCCAUGGCAACAAAUCCAAAUAGCAGUCAAGUUCAAGGACAGCAGUUUCCUAACCCCUCCGGUAACCACAUGUUGGCUGACCAACAACGAUCCCAACAGUUUGAUUCCCAGAAUUUUCAACAUAAUCAACAGUUGCAGCAGUUUUCUUCCCCUAUCAAUUCCCAAACACAGCAACAGCAGCAUCAAUUUCAAUCCAUGCGUGGUGGAUUAGGAGGUGUGGCACCUGUCAAAAUGGAAACAGAGGUGACUAAUGAUCAAACACCGCAGCAGUUGCAAGCUCUGAGAAACUUGGCACCUGUAAAAAUGGAACCACAACAGAUUCAAAAUAUGAGAGGUCUUGCGCCUGUCAAAGUAGAACAACAACAAUCUGACCCAUCUUUAUUUCUACAUCAGCAACAGCAGCAGCAGUUCCUUCAGAUGUCCAGGCAGUCCCCUCAAGCUGCUGCUGCUGCACAGCUUUUGCAUCAGCAGAGGCUAAUGCAGUUCCAGCAUCAUCAUCAACUCUUGAAGACUUCCCCUCAACAACGAAACCCAUUACAACAACAAUUUCAAUCACAGAAUCUUGCUGUCAGACCUCCUGUAAAGCCAGUAUAUGAGCCCGGGAUGUGUGCCCGUCAGCUGACUCAUUAUAUGUAUCAGCAGCAACAUAGACCUGAAGACAAUAACAUUGAGUUCUGGAGGAAAUUUGUUGCUGAGUAUUUCGCUCCCAAUGCCAAGAAAAAAUGGUGUGUAUCUAUGUAUGGAAGUGGUCGGCAGACUACUGGAGUUUUUCCUCAGGAUGUGUGGCACUGCGAAAUAUGCAGCCGGAAGCCAGGCCGUGGGUUCGAAGCGACUGCUGAGGUUUUGCCCAGGCUUUUCAAGAUAAAGUAUGAAAGUGGCACUUUGGAAGAACUUCUCUAUAUUGAUAUGCCCCGUGAAUAUCAGAAUUCAUCUGGGCAAAUAGUCCUAGAUUAUGCAAAAGCGAUUCAGGAGAGUGUCUUUGAGCAACUUCGUGUUGUCCGUGAUGGUCAGCUUCGUCUAGUGUUUUCACAACCUGAUUUGAAGAUAGUUUCUUGGGAAUUUUGUGCACGGCGUCAUGAGGAGCUUAUUCCUAGAAGAUUGUUGAUACCUCAGGUUAGUCAUCUGGGUGCUGCAGCUCAAAAGUACCAGGCCGCCACCCAAAAUGCAUCAUCUAGUGCGUCUGUUUCUGAGUUGCAGGUUAAUUGCAAUAUGUUUGUUGCUUCAGCUCGUCAGUUAGCAAAAGCUUUGGAAGUUCCGUUAGUAAAUGAUUUAGGCCCCUCUCCCUUUUCUGUCCGUGGAUUGCAGAUUUCGGAAGUGGUUAAUAGCAUGAAAGAUUUGAUCGACUAUAGCAGGGAAACAGGGACUGGACCCAUGGAGAGCUUGGCUAAGUUUCCUCGUAGGAAUGGAUCUUCAGCUGGAGUACAAGGUCCAGUUCAAUCAACUGAGGAUCAGACUCAACAGCCACAGCAGCAGCAGCAGCAACAUACACAUCAAACAAUCAGUAGCUCGAACCAUGAGACAACUUCACAGCCUGGUGUACUGCCACUACCUUUGAGCAAUGGUAUAUCGAAUGUUAACAACUCUGUGAACCAAGUACCUGCUACUUCGUCUAGUGGUACUGUUGUUGGACUACUGCACCAAAAUUCCAUGAACCCCAGGCAACAAAAUCCAGUGAAUGGUGGAAGUAGUACCUACUCAGGAAAUGCUGUCCAAAUGCCUUCACCCAAUUCUUCAAGUAUAAUGCCUCAGUCUCAACCCAACUCUUCUCAAUUCCAUCCUCCAACACCAUCGUCAUCCAACAAUCCACCACAAGCUUCACACAGUGGUUUAUCAUCAGUGCAACAUAUGAACUCUGCGAAUUCCCCAAAAAUCUCAAUUCAGCAACCAGCCCAUUCAAGUGAGGUGGAUGGUAAUGACUCUCAGAGUUCUGUACAAAAGAUUAUACAUGAAAUGAUGAUGUCUUCACAGCUCGGUGGUGGCGGCAUGGUAGGUAAUGGUAUGAUUGGGAAUGAUAUAAAAAAUGGGCAUGGGAUGUUGGCUACAAGUAAUAAUUCCCUUCUCAGUGGAAGCAAUUGCCUUGUUAGGAAUGGGACAGCCAAUGCUAACAGUACAGGUGUUGUUUCUGGAUUUGGGAGUAUGAACAAUGGACUGGGCCAAGCUGCAAUGGUUAAUGGAAUUCGAGCUGUAUUGGGUUAUAACCCUUCAGCCAUGAAUGGGUUAGUGGGCAUGACAAUGGUGAGAGAACGCAAUAUGAGUCAACAACAACAAGAUCUGGGAAACCAACUGCUAAGUGGUCUAGAAGCAGUCAAUGGUUUUAACAACCUGCAGUUUGACUGGAAAACAUCUCCUUAAAAAGGUCCAGGUUGGCAAUUAUUAGUCUAUGUUCUGCUGCUUGUGCUGCAAAGAUCGUUUGAUGAGUUUGCCUCUCAUGAUGAGAGUAGCCACGGUUGCUGAAGCAGAAGUGGCUUCAAAGCUUGCCCCUUCUGUACUGAUUUGAGUGGGAAGGACGAUGUAUAGUGUGGCAUCUUAACAGAUGAAAUGUUAUCUCAUCCGAGAGUGCACUCUCUUCUAACUUGAUCAUAGCUGCUCCUUGAAUGGGACAUUCAGGGAGGGACUUGGCUAUUGGACUGCUGCAUUCAAUCUGUUUAUACCAUGUGGAGGCAUUUGUUAAGUAUGUAUCGGCUAAGCUAUUGCCCCCUACCGUGCAGCAUCUCCACCACCACUCCAGAGCAUGCGGUUGUAUAUAGUUGGGAUUCUGUUGUAGAGCUUCCAGGAACUGCUAAGUUGGGAUUCUGUUGUAGAGCUUCCAGGAACUGCUAGAAUUGGCACCGGUGCAAUCAUCAUUUCUUCUCUCCUUCCUACUUGUAUUUCUGUUAGGCUUAUUUGGAGUGGCUUGACAGGAAAAAAUAAUUAGGAUGAGGCUUGGGGGAAUUAAAGUAAAUCCAUUAGUAUGAGGUAUAUCUGAUGGAAUUGAUUUAGCACUGGAAUUUUCAUAGGGGCAUGAUUUGAAGUAUUUCUAUUAACCUGUUGAUUAGGAAAUGCUGCCUUGUUUUUAACCCACAGAUGUUUGUUCUAAUUGCUUGGCAAAGUAGAAAGAGCCAGUUGCUCCUGUUUUUUGCUGGAAAAAAUCAAACCCGUUGAUGAAUGGCUGUCCCACUUUACUCUUGUUGCAUCAUCUGUAACUUGUUAUUGGCUUUCUGGAGUGGCAGUGUUUUUCUUUUAUUGAACUGCGAGGGGAGCGAUGCUAUUGUAAGGAUACUAGUCAUGAAGAAAAAUCUCAAUAUAUAUUCUUGUCGGCAAUA